GGCGCCGAGAUGGAAGCCAAAGUCCAGAAGGCCGUGGACUUCAAGGCGGAGGGCCAGCGCUGCUACAAGCAGAAGAAAUUCCGCGAGGCCAUCGGCAAGUACCACCGGGCCCUCCUGCAGCUCAAGGGGCUUGAGGCCGCCGGGCCGGGGCUGGCAGAGCCCGCCGCCGAGAAGAGCCUGCUGGGCAGGGCGGCUUGGCACCGGCUCACCGAGGAGCAGCGGGCGCUGGCGGAGAGCACCGAGAUCGAGUGCUACAACAGCCUGACAGCCUGCCUGCUGCAGUCGGAGCUGGUGAACUACGAGCGGGUGCGGGAGUACUGCCUCAAGGUGCUGGCCAAGGAGAAGAGCAACUUCAAAGCCAUGUACCGCGCCGGGGUCGCCUUCUACCACCUGGGCGACUACGACAACGCUCUGCUCUACCUUCGAGAGGCCCGGGGCCGCGAGCCCGCAGACACCAACGUCCUGCGCUACAUCCAGCUGACCGAGAUCAAAAUCAGCCGCUGCAGCCGGCGGGAGAAGGGGGUGCUGGCGUAG